AUGAUUACGUCCGAGCUCCCCCUUAAGUAUAUAAGCCAUCUCUCCGUGCUUGACCCUGAGUUCGCACCACUUGUACCUCUUAUUCCUCCCAAUGAGAGUCCUCUCAGCAUAGAGGCAUUGAGGGCCUCAGUGCCUGUCGUCACCGCCGGCGUCAAGAAGUUCUAUCAUUCCCGUCUUCCUGCAGAAACGGAGUUUCGCGUCGAACACCAUAUGGUGCCUGUGGACGGCGGUGAGAUCAGGGUGCGGUGCACGAUACCUACUGGCUCUGGUGAGCAGAAGACUUUCCCUGUACUUGUCUGGUAUCAUGGCGGAGGUUUCGCAAUUGGCGAUAUUGAGAUGGACGACUAUCAGCUGAAGAUUAUGUCCGUCCGGCUUCAGAUAUCUGUUGUGUCUGUUGAGUAUCGACUUGCUCCAGAUUAUUCCUACCCAGUUCCCUGGGAUGAUUGCUAUGCUGCGACCAAAUGGGUCAUAGAUCACACUUCUCUCCUCUCUGCGUCCCUCAACAAGGGUUUCAUUGUUGCUGGUGGUUCUGCAGGAGGAAACCUCGCGGCCUACAUCGCGCAACGUGCCCGUGACGACCCAGUCUUCUCUAGGACACCAAUCACUGGGCAGUACCUUCAGUGUCCUUGCCUUCUGCAUCCAGAGUUGUCUCCCGAGGAGUACCGGUCGGAACUCUUGUCCAUGGAGGAGAACAAGGAUGGGCCAGGUUUGACGCGUGAAAUGAUGACCGCAUUUGCACACUGGUGUGGCGCCCCAGAAGGCUACCCUGGAUACUCCGUUUUACUCAACCCAUCGCGCACUGGGCUUGCGCCAGCGUACAUUCAGGUAGCCGGCACAGACGUUUUGCGCGACGAGGGGCUUCUUUAUGCGAAGCUGCUGAAGGAGGCAGGCGUCAAGACCAGAGUAGACAUAUACCCCGGGCUGCCACAUGUCUUCGCGUGGUACUUCCCGCAUCUCACAGCGUCCAAGAAGCUUGAGAAGGAUACGGAUGAGGCAAUCAAGUGGCUGCUUAGCAAACCUUAA